GUGAAACAAUAAUAUAUUUCGUAACACCAUGACAUGACCAUGUAAUGUCUGCGCAAAAUUGAUAAAGCCGUGCGUAAGUCUCAUUUUUCAUUCACAACUUAGGUAUAUCCUUAAACCUACUCAGUAAACACAACACCAGGAAAAAUUCCGUCCUAACUAUACAUGGUUAAUUCAUUUAUUAACAUAACUUCGCGUGGAAAGGAUGUGAUAUCCGUUAAUUUACUAUCAAAACUCAACUUAUAAUUUUAAUACAAAGCAAAUUGAGUUGUAAUUAGAAAGUAAAAUGAUGUUUUCUGCGUUGAAGCCUAUAAAGAAGCGUUUGUGCAAGUAUUUGAAGUACCAGGAGAUUCAGACGGAUAACUUUUUGUUUCGUUUACACUGCGUGUUGACUGGGGUGGCGCUAGUGACUGCGUCUAUCAUCCUGACGUCUACACAGCUGGUGGGAAGCCCUAUAGAAUGCCUCACGAGUGGUCGGGAAGCGUGGCACAACGCCAUUAACACUUACUGCUGGGUGAAAUCUACGUUUUUGAUGCCUGAAGGACCUGCCAGGUAUAUGAACCAACCCAAGCUUAAGUCGGGAGCGGUAUCACACAGUGUCAACACAGGACUAGGCUUCUUGUUAUCAACACUGACGCAGGAAAUCCAAAACGAAUUUGGAAAGAAAAACAAAAAUGGCAGGGCGCUCCAAGUUGGUGAGCGAGUGGCGUACCCCGGCGUGAUGAAUGAGUUCGACGCCACAGCUGGCCCGCCGAAACAUUACACCUACUACCAGUGGGUGUGCUUCGUACUGUUCCUGCAGGCGAUAUUGUGUUACCUCCCGAAGGUGAUUUGGGACAUGUGUGAGGGGGGGCUGGUAGCGAGGCUGGCGUCGGGCAUGCACGGCCUGUGCGGCUCUGAGGAGCGGGAGAAGAAGAUUGAUGCCAUCAUCGGGUACUUCGUCAGAUAUCGGCGGAAACACAAGACGUACGCCCUGAUACAAUGGGGCUGCGAGGCGCUGUGCCUUGUCAACGUGCUGGCUCAGAUGUGGCUGAUGGACAUCUUCCUCGGAGGAGAAUUCAUCAGCUUCGGCUCCAAGAUCUUCGAGCAGACACACCAGCCGCAGCAUGAGAGAUUCGACCCGUUGAUCUACAUUUUCCCGCGCAUGACGAAGUGCACGUUUUACUACUACGGGCCUUCAGGCACGGUCGCCAACCUGGACAGCCUCUGCGUUCUGCCACUCAACGUUAUCAACGAGAAGGUCUGCGUCGGCCUUUGGUUCUGGUACAUCAUCCUGGGGUACCUGUUGGGUACCUUGAUCAUCUAUAGAGUAACCAUGGCUGCGUUCCCGGCGGUGCGGCCGCGCCUGCUGGCGGCUAAGUCGCGCACGCACCUGGACAAUGAUGCUGCAGUCGUGAUAUCACGGUUGGACUUCGGCGACUGGUGGAUGUUCUACGUGCUGGCUAAGAACAUGAGCCCUAUUGUGUUCAGGGAAUUCAUUAAUGAAUAUUCGAAGCGCACUCUUAAGCAGUCACUGUACCCGAGUGAACCACAGACCAAGGAACCAUUACAGGCUGAACCGUUACUAAACAAGAUUCCUUUAUAAAUACCACAUUAAAUACAGAGUAACAGAACAGGGCGCUUAAAGUACAAUAAAUCUGUAAUUUAUUUCAUUUUGAAACCUAUGUUAUUCCAGUUUUAUGCAUUUAUAUAAAGUACUUAUAAGUUUAUUAGAAAAGUCUAAGUAUCUGUGUUUAAGUUAAUAAUCACAUUUUUUUUUAAUUUUUCUUAAGUAGGUAUGUAGGGCCUGCGAAGGAACUUAUUAACUUCUUACUUAUAAGAUAAAAUUGAAUAGGAGAGGAGAUAAUUCUAAGUAUCCAUUGUUUACUUAUUUAUCGCAGAAAUACUGAAAAUUUACAUACUUCCCUAUGAGGUCAUCUGUUUUGAAUACUAAGUAGGUACUAAUAUCGUCACUGGAAAGGCAAAAAAUUAAGUAAGCGCCAAAAGGCCAUUUUGAGAAAAAUCCAUUUAAAAUCUUUUUCGUCUUUUUAUCAUAACUUUUUAUCCAUUUAUCAAAUUUAGAUGACAUCAACGGAAUAGUACGUUAUUUUUUUAUUUUCAAUGUCUAGCAAUACAUAAUUAUAACAUGGAUUGCUAAUUGAUUGGAUGGGUAAGCCGACAUGACGUCACAUUUUAAUUUAGGUAUAAGUUUCUGUGUUCGUUUUCCAUGUUUCUAUAUAGAAAAUAUUUCGUGUGUGCGUUGACUUCUGAUGUGAUGUCAUUAUAAUGUAUAUAUAUUAUAUGUAAUCCGUGUCUGUGGUGUCCUAAAUAAUAAAUGUUUCUUUCUUUCUUUCUUUCUUAAUUUAGGAUAUUUUGGCGUUUACGUAAUUUUACUUUUCCAGUGACGAUAUAAUCUGAUGUUUAUUUAUUGCAGAAAUACAGAUAAAUCAAAUCUAUGAAUCGACUAUAUGCCAAUGAGGGUCUUUCCAGGCUACGUCUCCCAAAACAUGUAGAUGGCGUUGUACAGAUUUAACUUGAUAAUUACCUAUUUUCUCAUUGCUCGGGUACAUACAGGGU